AUGAGCCCAGCCCCUAUGGCGCUGGUCAGAAUCUUAUUCGGGACUCUUUUACUCGCUCCAACCAGCUGGGGAGCCCCGGAGGUGGGCAACUUACGCGCCAGAGAUUCUGCCGACGCAACGGCUUCGACCUGCAACGGCCGCGCAGAGUAUUGCGACCGUUCUUACUCAAAUGUCACAUUCGUGGGCUCGCACGACUCUGCCUUUGUUGGAAAACUUCCCCAGCAGAAUCAGAAUAUCGAUGUCAAAGCGCAGCUCGACAUGGGUGUGCGGUUCCUGCAGGCACAGACGCACCAUUCCAUCCUGGAUGACAAAGUCCUAGAGUUAUGCCAUACUUCGUGUUUCCUCGAAGAUGCAGGAACACUAGAGUCAUUUCUGGGUACUGUCAAGGACUGGCUCGAUUCAAACGCAAACGAAGUCGUCACCCUCCUCCUCACGAACGGGGACUCGGUAGAUAUCUCCGAGUUUGGAGAUACGUUUUCCAGCAGUGGAAUUACCGACUACGCAUUUGUUCCGUCUUCAAAUCCAGAUACAUUGGGUAUUGAUAAAUGGCCUACAAUUGGAGAGCUGAUAUCAAGUGGAAAGAGAUUAGUUGUUUUUCUAGAUUACGGUGCCGAUGUGAAGAAGGUGGAUUACAUCCUUGACGAGUUCGCCUAUUACUUCGAAACAGCCUACGACGUUACCGACUCGUCCUUCUCAAGCUGUGCCAUCGACCGACCCUCCGGUGCCUCUGCAUCAGGCCGCAUGUAUAUCGUGAAUCACUUUUUAGACGUGGACAUCUUCGGCGUGAAGAUUCCGGAUCGCCAGCAUGCGGGAGAAACCAACGCGGCCACGGGCGAUGGUAGUAUCGGAGCGCAGGCUAGUUUAUGCGAAGGGCUGUAUGAUCGCGCGCCAAACGCAAUCUUACUAGACUUUGUGGAUAAGGGGGAUGCGAUCAAUGCGCAGAAUGAUUUAAACGGCUUUUGA